GAUACGUCCCGCAAACUAGACAAGGGCAAGACCGUCUUUUCACUUCCCUCUCGCUAGCUCGCUCUCAAUUCUUCACUCGUUUUCAUUUCUAGGGUUUCGCUCAACGCCUCUCGCUUUCUCUCUCUCAAUUCUUCACUCGUUUUGUUUCUUGGAAUUUCAGAUUCUCUGAUUUUUCAUAAUGGAUGAUUAAGGUCUCUACAGCGUAUUUCGUUGCGGCAAUUUAAUCAAUUAAUACAAAAAGUUCAGCAGGUUGUGCUAAGGCUUGGGAUAUCCUUGAAGCUUAUUUUGGACUUAUAUCAGAGAGAAAAUGGGUUAUAUUGGAUCUCACGGUGUUGCAGCUUUGCACAAAUAUAAAUAUAGUGGAGUAGAUCAUUCCUACGUGGCCAAAUAUGUACUGCAACCCUUUUGGACUCGCUUUGUUAAUUUUUUCCCCCUAUGGAUGCCUCCAAACAUGAUAACUCUUAUGGGAUUUAUGUUCUUAUUAGUGUCUGCAUUGAUUGGUUAUAUAUACUCUCCACAUUUGGACUCAGCUCCUCCAAGAUGGAUUCAUUUUGCCCAUGGACUACUUCUGUUUUUAUACCAGACAUUUGAUGCUGUUGAUGGGAAGCAAGCUAGACGAACAAAUUCCUCAAGCCCAUUAGGAGAGCUCUUUGAUCAUGGGUGUGAUGCACUUGCUUGUACGUUUGAAUCAUUGGCUUUUGGGAGCACAGCCAUGUGUGGAAGAGGUACUUUCUGGUGGUGGUUAAUAUCUGCAAUUACAUUUUAUGGUGCAACUUGGGAGCACUAUUUCACCAAUACACUUAUACUGCCCGUUAUAAAUGGGCCCACAGAGGGUUUGAUGAUAAUAUACAUCUGUCACUUUUUCACUGGUAUCGUGGGUGCUGAGUGGUGGGCUCAGCCAUUUGGAAAGUCUUUGCCAUUUUUAAGUUGGCUUCCUUAUCUUGAGGGAAUCCCAACAUUCAAAGCUGUAUUGUGUUUAAUGAUAGCUUUUGGUGUUACCCCGACUGUUACAUGCAAUGUUACUAAUGUCUAUAAGGUUGUGAAGGCAAGGAAUGGAAGCAUGCCACUUGCACUGGCAAUGCUUUACCCGUUUGUUGUACUUGUGGGAGGAGUUCUUAUGUGGGAUUAUUUGUCACCAUCAGACAUCAUGGGGAGAUAUCCACAUUUAGUUGUUAUUGGGACAGGACUUACUUUUGGAUACCUUGUGGGAAGGAUGAUUUUGGCUCAUUUAUGUGACGAACCUAAGGGUUUAAAAACUGGCAUGUGCAUGUCCCUCGUGUAUCUCCCAUUGGCCAUUGCUAAUGUCCUUGCAUCAAGGCUGAAUGACGGGAUUCCUUUAUUAGAUGAGAGACUAGUUCUUCUUGGUUACUGUGCAUUUUCAGUGGCACUUUACUUGCAUUUUGCCACAUCAGUCAUUCAUGAAAUUACCAAUGCCCUGGGAAUAUAUUGUUUCAGGAUAACUAGGAAGGAAGCUUGAAUCUACUACCCAGAAUUUCCUUUCGCUUGAAGUCAAGCCAAAUUCUGGCCAGGCUUUGGUCAGUACUAAUUUUGCUUUAUUUGACAAAUUUGAACUAACUUGGAGCUUGUAAUUAUAUGCUGAUUCACAGAUAGACUAGGAGAUCUAUUUGUUGAGUGUUUCAAUUCAACCACUAUAAAUAAUUAUUUUAAUUUUGAAUGACUAAAAAAAUCUGCAUAUUUUCAUUUUUAUA